GAGCCGCAGUGCCACUCGAACGCGUAGUCGUUGGUUCGUAGUCGCGGUGUUGAGUUCAGAGUCAGUCAGUCAGUAUUGUCGAGCGUAAUUGGUUGCGUUUUUUUACUGAAUUAUCACAACAAUAAUAAUACUAGUAAUACAACAGCACACAGCCGUCAGCUUUUUUUUUUCGGUAGCAGUCGCAACUGCAGAGCAUUAUUAGCAGCAGCAGUAGCAGCGAAAUCAGGAAAAAAGCAGUGCAAGCACGAUAGAGAGGCGAUCCCGGGUUUAAACAGAGGAACCAUACCCGAGUUUUUCACGACACACCGACGAAAAUCAAGAAGAAAUUUAAAAAAAAUUUAAAUAACGAAACGAAAAAGUUUUGCGAGAUACAACAUUUUGUCUAUUUUACCGAAUCUUUGCCCAAGCUUCAGAAGUAGUCAAAAGCUCAACUCGUGAUUCCGAACGGCGUUCAGAGAGAGAGAGAGAAAGAUCAAACGACGCAAUCACAGCGAAGUGUGAUAAUUAGGAAUUGUUUGGAGUGAUCUAGAUCGUGAAAGUGUUGCCAGCUGUUCGUUGGUGAAGAAAACAAGAUUUGCACGCAUCCGUGAAUUUCACAAAUCCGACCAAGCGAGCAUGUUCGUGGCGGAUUAAACAGGAAGAAAUCGAUUGUUUGGAACUAUAUACUAAAGCCGGCGAGACUCCCAGAGGUUCCGAGAAUCCGCCAGCUGGAGCGUUUUAGUUUGCUGUUUUUUGUUGUUAUUUCUCGUUGCGUGUCUCAUUGACUGUGCGUUUCGCGAGUAGCAAUUUUUGCGUAGGAGGUGUUGAGUUACGAUCUUGCGAGGUGAUAAUUCCGGUUUAGUUUACUUUGAUUUCUCUUGAUUUGGAUCCCUGCUCCAGUGACAUCCAACAAGUGAAGACCAGUGCGACGAAAAUCGUUGGGCCUCCUCAUUAGACUCACUGCUCUGAAGUGUCAUUCGACGUGACAUUUGUAACACGGACUCAGGAGUGACUUGCUUCCGUGAAAUUUUGUGACUAUUUGUGCUACACUACACGGAAGGAAACUUUUUGUGUCGCGUGAAGCCAAAAAAAGCAAGCAAGUGUUUCAAGGGUUCUGCAAUCGCACAGCGAAAAGUGAUAACAGUUUGUACAUCCAUUGGGAUCAGCACUUGGAAACGCAAAAAAUAAGAACACAGAAAAAAGCGGAACCGCACGCGCUUCAGUAAAGUAGCAAAGAAAAAUAAUCGAGUUUAACGCGAUAUUUAGUCCGUUCGAAGAAGAAGAAAAGUGUACAUAUAUUUCAUAUAUGUACAAAUUUGUGUGCUCUAGGAAAUAUAUUUGCAAUUAGUAUCCCACACGGCGUUUCGCUAGUUUUCGCUCUCCCUCGCUCUUAAAUUCGCGAUAAAUCGCAGUCGCCAUCGCAGCCGCGUCGCCGCCCAGGGUCUUCCCCGUCCCGUCCCGCCCCGAGUGAGUGAGAAGAAGUGAGGCUGCUCCGCAGCAAAGAGCGCCGAAGAAGAAAGAAAAAUACCGAAGAAAACAUCAGUUCAUAAAACACACCCAGCAUCAGCAUCAGCAGCAGCAACAGUAGCGGCAAAAAAAAAACAGGAAAAUAGCUUUGUGAGAGCAGACCGCGAGCAUCUCUUGCCUCUGCGCUUCGUCUUCAUUCAUUUCUUUCCUGUGGAUCGUAUCAACGAAAAUUUGUUUUCAUGAUAUCUGCUUGGAUAAAUCCCUAUAAUGAGAAGUGUGGAACUUUGAAAGUUCCCGACUCCUACAACACACGGAUAAUGGAUAGCUAUCACAUACCAUCCCAGGACCACCAAGGCAACAUCGGCUAUCAGAAUGGCUCUUACCACCAUCAGCAGCAAAUGCAGCAGCAGCAACAGCAGAAGCACCACCAGCUACAGCCACACAUGCGUCAGCAACAACACCAUCAGCAGCAUAGCAAUACUGGUGGCUACACCACACUGAACUAUGCCAACUCCGACGCAGGCUUCGUAUCACCACCACCUUCGCCACGCUCCAACAGCUCGCUGGCUUCCUGUUCUUCCUCGUCCUACUCGUCCGCAUCGUCGUCGGCCUCAUGCUCCUCGUCGUCCGCCGUUUCCUCGGCAGCGUCCAGCUCGUCCGGAUUGUCUUCGGCCGGUUCCGAGAAUGGAUCGUCGUACGAGAACUUGGAUAACUCCGCCCAGCGGCUGGCAGUGCUGUCCUUCGAGCAGGUGAAGAAACUGAACGAUGUGAUGAACGAACCGGUCGCGAUUCACGGCCGUGGAAACUUUCCCACGCUGGAAGUCAAAUUGAAGGAUUUGGUCAAUAUUGUACGCGAGAAGCUUGAGGCGGACGUCGGGUCCGGUGGAGCCGGAAUGACCGUGAAGGACAUUCGCCUCAACGGAGGCGCUGCUAGUCAUGUUUUGGCUUCAGAGGCACAGCCGUACAAUGACCUGGAUUUGAUAUUCGCCGUGGAGUUUUGCUCAAACAGACAUUUCGAUCGUGUUAAGUCAGCGGUUUUAUCUUCGCUGCUGGACUUGCUGCCAGAGGGAGUGGUGAGGAGGAGGAUAACACAGUGCUCUCUGAAGGAAGCUUACGUUGGCAAGAUGGUGAAGGUGAACAACAACAACGAUGGUGAUCGCUGGAGUUUGAUCUCGCUGGGAAAUUCGCCCGGACACAAGAACGUCGAGCUGAAGUUUGUCGAUACGAUGCGUCGACAGUUCGAGUUCAGCGUCGAUUCGUUCCAGAUCGUGCUGGACUCGCUGCUGCUGUUCUACGACUGCACGGAGAAGCCGAUGAUCACCGAGAAUUUCUAUCCGACCGUUGUGGGGGAGUCGGUGUAUGGCGAUUUCCAGGAAGCUUUGUAUCACUUACAGAAGAAACUGAUAUCGACGAGGCAACCGGAGGAGAUUCGGGGUGGAGGACUGCUCAAGUAUUGCAAUUUAUUGGUGAGAAACUAUAUUCCAGUUGAUCCACAGAAAAUCAAAACCUUGGAGCGCUACAUGUGCUCUCGGUUCUUCAUCGACUUUCCGGAUAUUGAGCAGCAGAGGAUCAAGCUGGAGAGCUAUCUGAGGAAUCACUUCUGGGGGGAGGUCGAGGAACAUUUGCAGUAUCAGUACCUGAUGCAUUUAUACGAUGUGGUCGAGCAGAGUACGGUCUGUUUGAUGGGUCACGAGCGUCGGCAGACAUUGAUGCUGAUCGAAUCGCUGGCUAUGCAGGUGCUUUAUCGCGAUCAGUCCCACAAUCCAGCCACUAUCAUCACCACCACGAGUCCCGUUCCACAGCAUACGACUCUGCAGCUGCAACCACUCCAAACGCAGCUCUCCCACCUAAGCUUACAGCAGCAACCACAUUCACCAGUUCAGCAAACUGUCAUCCAUCACCAUCAUGCGCCGGCCUCGCCCCAGACGCAAACCCUCCAACUGCAUCAUCCACAACAGUCACUACAGGCUGCACAAGCUCAACAGCAGCAACAGACUAUCUCCCUUGCGCCACAACCAGCUGGUCUGCUCUAUGCCAACGGAAUCUACUACGCUCCAGUCAUCCCGACGACGCUCUGCACCUGCAACACAACCUGGCUGACGACGUGAUCGGUCCUGGCUGAGUCCUGCAGUCAAAACAACACCAUCACCACCAGCAGCACUACAUCUUCUACCAAUUGCAGCAGCAGCAGUGUUUGUGGUAGUUUCCCAUCGCCGCCGCCACCAGUGCUAGUGAGAUCGAUCAUCAGCUUCAACGGCACCCAUCCAGUGGCGACAUUUGCCUCCCAGUCCCACUCAUCAUCUUCAUCAUCAAUCUGCUGCACCGCAAAUACGAUCGGCAUCGAAUGCGAUCACUAUGCACUUGACAACAAUCGUUGUUCUACAGAUAUUUUAGUUUCGGAUAGAUGAUUACUAAGACAGUAAGCAGGACAUUUUUUCCAUGCACUUCGGGUAAUUACACUCUCCGCCCCGACCUCCACUUGCGUCCGUUGGGUAUUUCUCGGGAGGUUCCCCUAGAACUCCCAUCGCAACAAAACACACAUUUUGGAAGAAAGUUGUUAAUCCAUCGCACUCUCUCAGAUACAAGCAGAAUACCAAUUGAAAACGCGAGGGAGGCAUGUUUCUAAUCAACAUAUAGUUUACUUAAAAAAAACCAUUAAUCUAACCUAUAGCGUGAAGGUAAUCAGACUCUCAAGUACAAUCGAUCGUCAAUGGUUUUUACAAAAUUUCGCCAAAGAACCAAUACAAUAGCGCGUAACAGUGGCGUCAGGAAAGACACGCACCUUGGCCGGUCCGUUAAUUCCCGCUUUGAGAUCGACUUUGAACAAGCAAUAAACCAUUUCAUCGCAGAACAUCUCCCCCAGUGCUUUUCUUCCAAUUCCAGUCUCCCGACUGCUUUCCCACUAAAACUCUCUUUUCCUCCUCUUCAACAUCUGCUCAGCUCCGUUUGGAAGCUCCUUGAAAAUCAAAGGGGUAAGAAAGUAAAAAGUGCCUCCAAACCAAAUCACCAGCUCUGUGGAAAAUAUUCUAUAGGGUACCAAAUAAGGAAUUUUGGUAAUUUUUUGACCCCCGUAUGUGGAUCACCAUAGGAUCUAUGGUGAAAAAUGUAUCUAAUAGUGCAUAUUACCAUGGUGUUUCGCGAGAUAUCGUCAACAAUAGGACUACGUCUAAUUGGAAGAUAUAGGGGGUAAAAUGGCAAUCUAGGCACUGAACAAUUCGAGUCGUCGUCUUGAUUUUGUUGUAUUUGUCUUGGCCCAUAGAUCAAUAUAGCGGAUAGAAAAAUUAGAAAAGUUUCGGAAAACUCUAAAGGAAGUUCGGAAAAUUCGGUAAAUUGAAUUCGCAUAUGUUCGAAAAUUACAUCAUGAUAAGCGUUGUUAAUCCAUUCGAUGUUUGUGCUAGCGAAAUUGAACUUUGUUUGAAGGUGAAAAUUGAUUUUCAGGAGGAAUAACGCAUUCCUACCUCUAUAAACAAAAAAGGAAGGCCAAAUGUGUCGCUAAUCGCGAAAUCCGAAGAAGAAAAGGUCCCUUUUGAGUCGUCUUCAUUUUGUUGUAUUUGUUGUAUUCUGCCCAUAGGACAAUGUUAUGAUGAGAAAAAGUUUGUUCUAAAGAAUUCAUAUCAAAACAAUAAUUUUGGGCGGGACGAAGUUCGCCGGGUCAGCUAAUAGAGAAUAUUUAUACGCAUCUAUCACAAUGAAUGACUUUUUUUUUCUUAAGAUGAACGGUUGAACAAUUGAGGGGCUUAGAAUGCAAGGGGUGUAAGUGACUUGAUCGAUUUCUCUUCAUCAACUUUUCCUUUAGUUAAUAACUCAACUGCAAAAACGUUCCAAUUUAAGUUUGCUAUAGAGUCCGAUAGAUGAGGUUCUGACUUAUCUUCCACAUUGCCAAAUACAGUACGGAAUGUAUUUGCAGCUAAGUUAUGACCAAAAGAGAGAGUCGAUGUAGAGAAAUCGAUCAAAUCACUUACACCCCUUUCAUUCUAAGCCCCUCAAUUGUAAAAUGUCAAGCAUUGUCCAGAUGCAAUAUGUGCCACGUUUUGAUUGGUCCAAUUUGUGCUCCUCAAAUGGUUCCGACCAAAAGGAACAACAAUAACAACUUUUUAAACGUGUAGGGUUAGCAAAGGAUUUUUUUUAAUUAGUCAUUCCGCCAAUCAAUACAAAAUCAUUUUAAUUCCAUAUUUUUGGUUUAAUUGAAACUUUGCCAACUUGUUCGUCCUGCCUACAAAAGUCUUGUCAAAGGAAGAAAUAUAUUUUUUUUCUAAAAUUCUCAAAAAUACACAUACGAAUAGUCCUGACAAUUUCCAAUAAGUUACCCAUACAUUGAAAGAUGGGCACUUUUACAGAGAACAAUUUUUUCUAACAACAACUCUUCCAUGUUUUCUUUGAAAAAAUUACAACUAAUCCUAAUUUUAUUUAAAGUUCAGACAGCGAUAUAAUGUAUUCAACAAAGGUUUAGAUCUUAUUAAAAUAUGGACUUUUAUCGAUCUUUUGUUUUAACUUUCCAUCUUUGAUAGUUUUCGAAAUACACUAAAGUUGCUUUUUACGCGGUUUUAUUUUACGCGGCUUUUUUUACGCGGUUUUUGGAAUUUACGUGGAUUUUGGAAUUUACGUGGUUUUUUGUACGCAGCUUGUAUCAACCGCGUACAAAUUCAAUGUGCUAAUUGAUAUGACUAUUAACGAAAUAAGUUUAUAUUGUAUCACUGAUUAGUAGCUGAGAAAUAAAAGGAGAUACAGAUAUCAUAAUUGCAGCAUACAAAAAAAAUCAGUUAAUCAAUUGUUAAAAUAUGAGUUGCAUUUUUAAUUAAUAAUUCACUGUUUGUUAGAUUUUAAUACGGAUUAAAAAAUUCACCCGGUUUAUUUUUACGCGGAUUUUGGAAUUUACGCGGUUUUAUUUUACGCGGAUUCUGGAAUUUUCGCGGUUUUUUACGCGGAUUUUGGAAUUUACGCGGUUUUUGUUUACGCGGCACGUAUCCCCCGCGUAAAAAGCGAUUCCAGUGUAUAGCCAAUGGAGACUCUUGGAAAAAUUAUGUUUUAUUCGUAAAAUUUUUCGCAGUUCAACUGAUAGCGCUGUCAAUUUUUUCUGAAAACUUAUGGUGAACGCAUGAAAAAUUAGUUAAAUUUGUCCAUUACUGGAUCAUUACUGGGUCUUAAAAUUAAAAAAAAAAUUGUAAACAUACUUAUUUUUUGUACCGCGCAACACUUUUAAAAUUGUGGAAAAAAAUAACACAUUUCUAGGGAAGGCGUAGGAACACAUUUAAAUGCGUAUUAGAGUGGUACUGAAUUUCUAAAUUUAAAAAGAAAUCUAAAUUUGGAUAUUAUUUUAGUGCUUGAAUUUUAAUGAACAAUUCUCUUGCUCAUAUUUCUCGACAGUGGCGUAGUGUGCGGGCGGCAAACCCGGCAUUUACCGGGGGCGCCAAAAUCCAGGAAUUUUGAAUAGCAUUUUUUCCUACAAUUAUAUUUCUCAAUUAUUAUAUUUCAUCUAUCGAUUGAGAAAGAAACACCCAUCAUGAGUAGUUACUUCUGCCCGUACAUUAAUAAAACCAAUAACCUCUCUCUGAUUUUCGCAAAAUUGAAAUACCCAACACCACAUUACAUCAACACCCUUUUGAUUAUUCGCUACGCAUACCUGGGCGCCCCUCCAUGCAAUUCAAAACAGACGCAUGGAGCCAACACAGAGCGGCGGAGGGGCGCCGAAAUAGGCCGUGAAAGGCCGUACGAUGUUUUACGGUUAAAGCCUGUUUCAGUUAGAAUUUGGUCGCAUAAAGUAGGACAUUUGUCAGCAUAGAAAUAACGUGCAAAAAAGGGAAGGAUGUUAUUUUGUAGGUUUAUCAACUUUAAGGUCUAAAAACAUGAAAAUUAUUCGUCAUCUGUUCGGAUGAAUUUUCGAACUAUUCGUGUGAUACUACCCAUUAUUUUCUGCACAGUACUGCUGGUAACUGUUUUUACUAUCUUCUUGGAAAAGUGGUGCAUUUGAAUUGUAUUUUUGAUGGUUCUACCACAUUUCUUCAGUUUGCCUUUGAUAUUGUCCAAUAUCUCUCGAAAAUCCGAACAAUUUAGUGGAUUGAUAGUUUUUUCAAUGAAGUCGAUUUUGUUCUUCUUAUACCACUUGAUGUAAUGACAGAUUGUCAAGUCAGGCCAGAUCUUCACUGGACUAUUGUGUGAUGGCAAAAUUCUGUUCUGAAGAAACUCCUCCUUGUAAUUGUUGCCCCAGUGAUAACAACCAUUGUCGUCGUUCCACAACUACAGAUCCCUUGUCAAAUCAUCAACUUACGGGCAAAUUCAGCUGCGUAAACAAAUUUGAACCUACCCUACGCUUGAUAAGGUAAAAUUUGUUACAGACUAUUUGUCUAAAAAUCCAUUUUUACGUACCCUAUGAUCAGAAAGUACCGUGAUUUUUCAAAUAAAACAAAAUAGAGUUAAAUUUCAGGGAAAUUUAUUUUAUCUCUUUCAAAAUACGAUUCAUCUGAAGCAACACACAUGUGUCAACGCUUGAUGGAGGACUAUGCAUCCCUGGUUGACGCGGUUUUUACUCGUCUUCGAAGUGCUACUCGGACGAUUCUUGCUUUGAUUCUAUGUCAAAUUCAUAGACCCAUGUCUCGUCGCCCCUGAUUAUCCGUUUCAGGAGGGUUGGAUCACUUUGGUGUUUUUGCGCGAAAUUCAGGUCCUUCGGAACGACCCAAAACAAUAUGCUGUGCCGUUUCAUAUGCAAUGCCAAAUUCACAAGACAUCUCUCUCAAGCUGGUAUGAUUUUCAAGCACCACUUCUUUCACUUUCUUCAUGUUUUCAUCGGUGUUCGACCUCUCCCGGUAACUUUUGAGUACGGUAUUUACAGUUGAUUUUGGAAAUUUUUUGGCAUUCCAUCGUCGAUAACUUUUGGAUGUAUCCUUCAAUCUUGACGAAUUCUGUACUACUGAAUAAACAAACCGCCCGGAUCAAAACGCUGUCAAUAGUUUCUCGAUGUGACAACUAGGGGCGCUGAAGUGAACAAAAAUAAGCGACCAAAUUCUAACUGAAACACACUUUAUUUUUUAAGCUGCAUUUUAAGAACUUCUAAAUAAUGUCUGUGUUAUUGAAAGGCAAUUCUAGAGCAAUUUUUUUGUGCUGGAAUGAAAGAGCUUGCUAGUCUGGUUUACACUAAAGUAAAAAUGGCACAGAUCGCGCAUCGUGCGAUCACAGUUUCAGCAAUCGUAAAUUGAUUGAAAAUUAUCUGCGUUCUAAAAUGACCGACUCAAUGGCUUGGCAAUUUUUUCGAUCGAAAAUGAAUCGUUAGCAGAUCUUGAUUUAAAUGCAAUUAAGGAUCAUUUUGCUUCAGUUAAGACACGCAAGGUAAAGAUUUGACUAUAGAAUAAGUGAAGCUGGUAAUGAUUUUUCCUAACCUUCUCAAUACGGAUAAACUGCUCAAAGUGAACUUUGGUAUGUGAGUAGCUUUCUCAAAAUAUCAUAAACUAAAAGUUAGUGAAAAAAUCGAAUAAAGUGGUAUUUUUUGGGACGCCAUUUUCAAAGUUUUCCGGGGGCGCUGCCUACCCUCACUACGUCCCUUCACUAACUCGUAAAACGUAGUUCAAUGGCGUGCCGUUUAUUUUGUUUCCACCGUGAAGUGUAUUCGAGAAUCAGGCCCUUUUUCAAAGUUUUAUCUCGAGGCUAUCAAGAAUGGCAUGCAGAAUAAUGAAUAGUACAUUUUAUUACAGUACCGUACAGUACAGUAUUAAUAGUACAUUUUCCUAAUAGUACAGGUGAACCACAUUGGGGGUUCAACAAAAAAGCUAAAAUUCCCUUUUUUAUAGUUUAUACAAUAUUCUCCAUAAAUCUGGUGAUUUGGUUUGGGGGCACUCUUUACUUCCUUAGCCAGCCAGGCGCUUUACGCUAAUGCGAAAUGUACAAAUUAGACUGCAAACGGAAAUUCCACCGGUUGAGUCCUUGUGAAAUUGUAGAAAUAACUACCGCAUCAUUCAAUUAAUGUUCGUGUUUGUUCGAGUGGCUGUGCGAAUGGUGUGCGAGUGAGCGAGAGCGAUUGUGUUCUUGACGCGAACAAAUAACAGCGGUUAGCUGUGGUUAGGCGUAAUUUAGAGGCACCUUUUUCGUGAGGCGGAUGGAAACCCGGAAGUGAGUUAUAGGCCCACGAAAUCUCGAUCAGACAACCAAUUUGGAUCGAGUGGAUAGAAUGUGAAGAAGGGCGGAGUCCAAUACUAAGCAAUUUUAACCAGGUGCUCAAGAACAACAAGCAAAACAUGAGUACUUUUUUAAAUAACAUGGACACACAUAAAAACGAGACAAGAACAGAACACGAGAAGCUAAGCCUCUCGGUUUUGUCGAAGGGGCAACAAAAAAGAGCAAAGCAUGACGCCACUGUUACAUAAAACAAUAGCAACUAACAGAGCGCGCCCGGGAGGGAGGAAGGAGGGUAGUGGAAAGAAUCGAUUUGACCACAAAUAAUCAUUGCAAGCCGCGUCUGCAUCGAAACGAACGCGCCGAGUGAUGACUGUCCGUUUCGGUUCAUGUGUGUGUGUGUGUGUGUGUGUGUAAACGAGGGGUGAUGUCGAGGGAAGUUGAAAUGCAAUUUCGAUUUUCAAGGAAAUUAUGCAAUCUGUUGUAGCUAAUGACUACCUUUUGUGUUUGUAAGUAUUGCGUCGCGUGUUGUUGCUGUGGGAAAGCAGCAGAAUAUUGCCGCGAAUGGAUUCGUGGCGGUUUCGUUGUAGGCAUACACACAUAUGCCGCAGCCGCCACCACGGUGAAGGGCGUUCCGUGGAUCGAUACUCGGAUUGAUUCGUCGAGGGGGACCAUGUUUGUUUGGUUUGGGCAGCGCGCAAGUACGAUCUGAAAAAGUGGUUGAAACCAAUUUAGAAUUGGAACGUUGGAUCCAUUCUAGUUCACUUGGGGCUUUUAUAAAUAAGUCAUGGCAAAGAAUAGCUUCCCACUCUGCAUAGUUAACCUGAAGGAAAACAAUAACAGAUGGUCCAAUUUCGGACAAACUUUGUUUGCCGUCAUAGUAAAAUGACUGAUCGGCGAAUCAUGUCAGAAAGACAAUGUCUUCAAUGUAUAUACAGUCGGGGGAAAAAAGCUAAUAACCAAGAGCAAUUCACAGCAACUUCUUGCUCAUACUAAUUUGUUGUGCAUGAUUAGUGAUAUUUCAUUUACCUUCUACUUGGCUCUAUGUUUGCCUGAGCAGGAUACGAUAAAAUUGUCGAAAAACUUAGUUCUAGCAUGAAUUCCUGUCGUCUUAUUCAAAGUCAUGUUGAAUUAUGGAGACAAAAUAAUUUCCGCACCGAUCUCAAUAAUGGCUUGCAUAUCUGUAGACAACUUGUCGAUCCUGCCGAUCGCCGAGUAACUGUUCUGGGUAAAACUUCGACUUCCAGUGUUUCCUUGAGGUCUCGAGCGGUCGUAUAAGGGUUUUUUACACACUUAUCAAUUAUCAAACUUAUCUACACCAAUACAUCUCCGUAAGUGAAGUGGUAAGCGUGACUGCUAUAUCAUCCCAUGCGAACAAGACGGGAGAAGUUUACGGUUUGUGAUGAGUCAUGUAUUCAUGUAUUCAGCCACUACCGGUCAAUCGCCGCGAGAGUUUUUAGGAGAAUCCUUAUUUUUUCCUCAGAUACGGCUCCAUUUGUGCAGGAUAGUUGCCCGACAUUCUUCCAACAAGCAUAUCCUUCCAGCUUUGAUCACUUUCUGGAUACUGGGUUCGCCGGUGAGUCGCGUGAGCUCGUGGUUCAUCCUUCGCCUCCAUACGCCGUCCUCCUGUACACCGCCGAAGAUGGUUCUUAACACCCGCCGUUCAAAGACUCCGAGUGCUCGAAAGUCCUCUUCGAAUAUUGUCCACGUCUCGUAGAGGACAACCGGUCUUAUGAGCGUUUUGUACAGGGAACAUUUCGCACAACUGCUAAGUCUGUUUGACCUUAAGUGUUUGUGGAGACCAUAGUAGGUACGACUCUCAUUGAUGAUGCGUCUCCGGAUCUCGCGGUUGGUAUCAUUGUCAGACGUUACCAUUGAGCCAAGGUAGACAAAUUAGUCCACUACCUCGAACUCAUCGCCGUCGAUCAUUACACUACUACCGGGUCCUGUCGUGCUCGGAUCCGAAAGCCAGCAUGUAUUUGGUUUUAGAAGCAUUGAUUUUUCAGUCCAAUUCUCUCUGCUUUGUGCUUAAGUCUGGUGUAAUGUUCAGCUACCGUCUCGAAUGUUCUGCCGACAAUGUCUACGUCAUCAGCGAAGUAGAUGAAUUGACUGGAUCUAUAACACCCUCUGGCGCGAUGUUAAACAGUAGGCAAGAGAGACCAUCACCUUGUCGAAGCCCCCUGCGGGACCCGAAAGGAUCAGAUAAUCCACCCGAAAUUCGCACACAGCACCGUAUUCCAUCCAUCGUAGCCUUAAUCAGUCUUGUCAGUUUCACGGGGAAGCCAUUUUCGUCCAUGAUUCUACAUAGCUCUUUUCAUGUUAUUGAAUCGUAUGCGGCUUUAAAGUCGAUGAAUAGAUGGUGCGUGGGGACUCUGUACUCACGGCAUUUGUGGAGUAUCUGCCGCAAGGUGAAGAUUUGGUCAGUACACCCAAACUAGCGUUGGCAGAAACCAUUUCAUCUUUGGCAGAAAUUAUGCCAUUCCGUGUAUUGGAGAGUCAAAUGCGCAAAUAAUGAGCUGUUAUAAAAGCUUAAAAAUGGUUUGUAUGUAUGCGAGCAGACAUCGCUUUCUGUUUUCUUUUCUCAUUUCAUUUGGGAUUGUGCCGAUUAUGUAGUUGUUCUGUUUUCCAAAUUCUGACAAUCAGCCGAUGCAGAUAACUAACCAAUUUUUCCGGGCCCAUCUUAAUAAGUUCCGCUCCGUUGCCAUCUUUGCCAGUUGAUUUGUUGUUCUUCAACUGUUUAAUAGCACUCCUUACUUCACCUAUCGUUGGGGGUGGUACAUUUUCAUUAUUUACUGCACCAACGUAAUCACUUCCUUCGUCAUUUUGGUCUUCUGCCUGUAUACCAUUCAGGUGUUCAUCGAAGUACUGCCUCCACCUUUCGGUCACAUCACGUUCGUUCGUCAGCAUACUCCCAUCCUUAUUCCGACACAUUUCUGCUCGCGGCACGAAGCCUUUUCGGGAUACAUUGAGUUUCUGGUAGAACUUUCGCGUCUCAUGAGAACGGUGCAGCUGUUCGAGUUCUUCACACUCCUCCUCCUCCGGCAGCGCAGCUUCAAGCCAAUGUGUGUAGUUUUCGGCGACAUCUGCUUGUUUCAGUCGCGUAAGAUUGUACCGCCGCGGGCAUCGGUACCGAAUGUUGUUCACAACGGAGAGUUUUGGGCGCAUCUUAACCACAACUAGGUAGUGGUCCGAGUCGAUGUUAGCGCUCGAUAGGUUCUGACGUCUGUUAUGUCCGAGAAAUGCCGGCCGUCUAUCAAAACAUGGUCGAUCUGAGAUUCGGUUUGAUUGGGUGACCUCCAGGUGUAUUGAUGGAGAAAUUUGUGCUGGAAGAAGGUACUGCGUACGGCCGUAUUCUUAGAGGUGGCGAAAUCUAUGAGUCUUAGGCCGUUUUCAUUUGUUAACUGAUGCGCACUGUAUAUACCAAUUACAUGUUUGAACUCCUCCUCUUUACCGAUCUGGACAUUGAAAACUCUGAUGAUGAUCUUGAUGUCAUGUUUUUGGCAGCGUUCGUUUUCGCGUUCUAGCUGCGCGUAGAAUUCGUUUUUGUUUGACAAAAAGCAUCAUUCGCGAUGGUUUCGUUCAGCUGGAGUAGCCCAAAAUAUACAAUGAACCUUCGAUCGUACCGAUCAUAUAGCAUCCGCUUACUAAGCGAAUGAUCGUGUGUUCAAUUUCAGGACACUCCAUUGCCCAUCUUCUAAAUGGCCUUUUUCAAGGCUCUAAGGUAAUUGAUUUUCAGGCGGAAUGAAAACGUUUUUUAAAUCAAAAUUAUGAAUGAAAAUUAACCUCUCCGUAUCGAAUCAGUAUUCUAUUUAAUUGAAAAACACUUUUUUUUUGCAACUGGUGAAAAAAUCUCAUAAGAAAAUUGUUUUUGAACACAUUUUUAUAUUUUAAUGAAAAGUUUCAGUAAAAAUGUCGGAAUUGUAUAGACGAAUGGUUAAAGAAGAGUCAGGAAUACGUGUUUCAAGUAAUUAAAUAACACGAUGCAAAAUUUUUCAUUCAAAUUUUAGCAUUUGAAAACAGACUUCGUGCGUUCUAAUCUGAUUACACUAUCGUGUAUGGGACUCAAAUUAUGGCCUCCAAACUCCUCCUCGAUUCAUGAUUCCGAUGAUUCGAUCCCUUAUUUUAAUCAAGUACAAGUACAAGCAUUCAAGUCCGUGGACCGAUACAAUUUGUUACGGGUAAAUAUACAAUUUUUUACCCAUAUUUAAUACCCUCGCGGGUUUUGAUUGAGUUUGAAUAGAACUCUAGAAAUACUUUCAACGAUGGAUUUCGAAUCAAUUUUAAACCGAUUGAAUAAAACGUGCGAAAAAACGUAUAAGGAAAUUCCGUUUUUCCGCACACUCUUAAAGAAAUCCACCGUUUGGUUUGGAAAAAUUUUGAAUUUUAUUGCUCACUAUGGUUAGAAGUACUUUCCGUCGGCGUUCCACAAGCUUUUCCCAUCUUUCUGGCAGCAUUUUGAUUUUAAAACCCGAUUUUCGCUCAUUUCGUAAGAAUGGAAGUGCUGUUCAACCAGGCCAUGCAUCAUCGAUAGUUAGAGGGAUCAUAUGCUGGGUGAGGUAGAUCAUCUAAGUUUAAACGACCGGUCGUUGUCUUGCAACAAAACUACCUUAUUGUGUCUUUGUUUUUCGUUCAACGCUCAAACGCACAAGUGGUGUGUCGGUAGCAAGUUCCUGAGAUGGUUUCACUUGGUUUCAAAAGUUCAUAACAUACAACGGCGAUCAAUUGUCGCAACGGAUCCACUUUUCCUCCCCUGUAACAAUUCGUUUGUUGACGUUGGAGCAGCUGUUUGCUCCAAUUCGUAUGGAGAUCAGUCCCCUUGUUUUUAAAAACGUUCGCAAACGACACGAAAUGGCUUGUAGAGUUAUGUCUAAUGAUUUUGCCCAUCCCUGUUGCGUUUGACUUAAACAGCUCCAAUCUUUGAACGAUUACAUUUUUCCGGAAUGCUUCCUUGGUCCUCAUCUCCUGAAGCGUUGAAAUCAUUCGCGAUCCGUUCUUUAACUCGGGUGUCAACAAUCAUUUGAUGCGCUUCAGCCGCAAAUUUUUUUGAAUUAAACACAAAAAUUCAAAACUUCGCGCAAUUGAGGCUGGAUCGCCUCCAUUUUCUCACAAGCUAUGUCUGACAACGAUACGAUGAACUGUUCACAAGUAUCUUGCCUAACAUUGUGCAUUUUUUCUCCAAAUGAAGCGGUAUAACGAAACCUCCCUUUAAUAAUAUAUUUUUCCUAAAGUUUGUCAGUUUCGACACAAGAAAUCCAUACACGCGUCGAUCGAUUGCAUUUCAAUGAACCCACCUUAUGACAUCCCUCAGUCACCACAGUCGAAUCGACACGGACAUCUGGGUCGGAUUCAACGGGUAGUGAGAUAUCACAGUCUUAAAAAUACAAUCGAUCCAAACUACCAACAUAUGUACUUACUAGCAUCAAACUCGUGCAUAAUCGUCAAACAAAUCGUUUUCUUAUCAACAAAAACACGUUAUUACACCGUACCAAAAUAAUUUUCCACCCGCCAAGUGUAUCCUCAAAUCAACAAUUAGAAAGAAAAAAAUCCAUCUGUCACGCUAGAUCUCAAAUCAAAACGAAAGAAAUUGGCAGCACGGGUCACCGUCGCUUUGUGGAGGCUGUUUCAAGUGCACCGACAAACAAGUAAACCGCCAUUGCUCAGAGAGAAACAGACAGAGAGGGCGAGAGUCGGGUUAACGAGCGAGAAUGGAACGAACGGAUGCGUCCAAUUGAAUUGUGCUUCCUUCCUUGAAUAUGAUGAACUGUAUAGAAAGAUGAAACGAGACAGAGAGCAAUUGCUGAUAAUUGAAUAUCUCACUGCACGCGAAAUAGUGUGUGUGUGUGUGUGUAUGUACUAAAGAGAGAGAGAGCGGUAGAAACGGAGAGAUGUUUUUAAAAUGGCUGUGUUAAUACCCUUUUUUUAUGUUGUUUGUAAGAAAUUUAAUUUCGUCGCUGUCAUUAUUUGUCAAAAUUCGUUAGGUCAUGCUAGAUGAUUUCCCGAUUGUAAUUAGUCCAUUUUUGUUUGCUGUGGACACAGCGCAGCUCUGAGCCGCGACUUGGUCCAUCCUAGACGAACAAUGUGUAAUCUAAAUAAUUAAAAGAGUUCAAGAAGACUGUCCAUUUCAGUUCGGGAAACGAAAAAAACCGUCUUGUAGAUGAAGAAAUUUUUUGAAGGUAAAACCGUAAGAAAAUUGUAGCAAUUUUAUUGAACGUCCAGCUGGCAACACUUGCCUGCAAAACAAACGAAGGAAGUCACACAUACUUUCGAUAAACACAAACGCAAAAGCAAAAACUCUCCGGUUUAUGCUGCGAGAAAGAUUCAGCAAGAUAGUGUAAAAUGAUGAUGGAAUCGAUUCAAUGAAGAAAAAAAAACCUAACGACAGUAAGAAAUAAGAUUUCCUUCAGAAAGAUCGCAACUCAAAAUCAAAAGUGAAGCAAACGAGUUUUAAAUUAUACCCUGUAAUGGAGCAAAUGAAAACACUACGAGCUAAGUGCAUAUUAACGUGUAGAUAAUUACAUUCUCUGUGAUUAGAAAACAUGAAAAUGGAAGUGAAAAAAAAGCGAAAAAAAAUAAGAAAGCCGACCAUAAAAAUCAUAUUUUGAUUUGUAAUAAUUAUAAUAUCUAAGUUCAAUUCAUUCUACUUAUGAAGUAAACAAAGAUCAUCUACAUGGAAUGAAGAUGAGAUGUGAACGACAUGAUUACGCAAGAUACACAUGAUUACUAUAGUUUUUAUUGAAUAUAUUAUUAAGGGAUGAUUCACAUGCUGAUUAAUUAUUAGAUUUUAAAGUUACAAGCUUCUUAAACAUACGAGUUGAAACUGGUGAAAACAUCAGCUGAUGGAAAUAUAAGGAAAUUCCCAGAAAAAGAUUUUAACUCUUGUUGGUUUGUGUUUUCAGAUGAGGAAAACCAAACAAUGUCUGUCGAUUCAGGCUCCAAUUUGUUCCUCCAAAGCUUUCUCCGAACACUCCGAGAGAUGGAGCUUUUCCCCUGACGCGGUAACGGUUUCGGAACGUCACGACUCACACAAAAAUUCGAAAAAUUCACGGUGAUCGCCACGGUAGAGUUGACAGUUGCUCCCAAUUGUCCGCCUCUCUCUUCCUUCUUUUAGAUCGAAUUGACAAGAACUUCAAGAGACGAGAGGAAACCUCUACAUCUUCAACCAACUACUCGUAGGCAAAUAACCAAUACUGACUCACUUGAUUCUGUCGAUCACCGACGCCCCGUUUGACAUUUCCGAACCGGCCCGGGGAAGUUAUGGCCGAGCGGAAAAGAGAAAAAAAAAAUUGCCGCUCAGCACAAAUGCAACACAAACCAACGGCGACCUGUUGAACACAAACACACGCAUACGAUGAAACGACGCGAUAAACACAAGCGAAUCGACUUGCAUUCCUAUUUUGAUUGAUUGCCGCAGGCAAAAGAGAAAAAAACAGAGACAGCGUUGAAAGGGAAGAGAAAUCAAUCAAACCACCAUUUAUCAAACUGCAAGAAUAUAACCAGUUUAUAAUUACAAAUACCGAGAAAAAAAGGGAAUAUUUUACUUCAUUCAAACUAUGAGUGUCAAAUACCAGAAACUAUAAGGAAAAACAAAAACACAAUUAGUGUCGUUUGAAGCAGAUUUCUAUGUAAUACAAAAAGUCAUUACCGAGAGCGUCCUCAAUCACAGACCCGAGCAGAGGGCACGGACAAAAAAAAUCGAGAGAAAACAGAAAACAAAAAAAAAAGUGAUUUUAUCUGUAUAUUAUCAAGAUACAACAAAAAAAGUAAGAAUAAAUAGCAAAACACUGUGUAUUACUCUAAAACUACCGUAUAUCAGCGCGAGGUGGAAUGAAAACCACAAACAAACAAAAUGAGAAAAAAAGAUCUUACAAUAGAGCAAAAUAAAAAAAAACAAAACUAAAUAAAAAUAUCGAGGGACACAUCUUUUGACAGAGAUGUCAUCGGGCGGAAGCAUGUCGCAGAGAGCCUACACUACUACUACUACUGUGUGCCGUUAAAAAUUUGUUUUCCUGUUUUGGUUGGAAACGAAACCACUUGUUGAGUUUACGAAGAGUUUGUGAAAUUUGUUGAAAACAAAAACGAUUAACAGAGAGCGAGAGAGAACUAAUACGGAACGAGGGAAUCAAAAGAUGUGUUCGUAUGCAGAAUAAAGCUAAACAAAAUAUGAAUGAAAGAAUGUGUCAUGUAAUGAGUAAUUUAAUUUACGAUAUGUGAAAUAAAGUGAAUAAUAAAGAGUUUUUUUUUCUGAAUGAUUACAAAUAAACCAUAAAACCAAA